UCCUGUGUGGAGGCUCCAAUUGGUCAGCUCCAGCUUCCUGCCGUAUCUGUAUCUCUUUGAAUCCUUUAGUUCACGUCCAAGUUUUUGACACCGUUUUCUUUGAAGAUCUUCCUGCUUUUCCUCUCCUCUUUUUUAUUCCUCACUGUUGAUCACUCCUGUUUUACAAGGUUUAGGUUGAGGCAGGAGGAGGGAGGUGCUCAGCCCUGUCGCUGACGCUGGUCAGACUCUCCGGGCAGCUGAGGAACACUUCAGCCAGAGUCAGAGCGAGACCCAGAGCGAGACCCAGAGCGAGACCCAGCCGCCGGGGUUCACUCUCCCUCUUCCCCUGGACUCUCUUCAGAGAGGAGCAGCUCCGUACGGAUCGGAGGCGCUCGGUCGGUCAGUCCGGAGUUUCUGCUGUACAGGUGGAGCCUGACAGCAUGAAACAGUCCUGGGACAGAAGUGGGUUUGAGAACGGGCUGAACAAACACAAGCAGCAGCACCAGCAGCAGCCUGGACCGGGCCAUGUGGAGAGCGGGACGGGGGCUGGAGUGGAGCUCCUCCAGAGCUCCACUCCAGGAGAUAAGCUUGAUAAGAAGGUGGUGCCUGUUGGGGGAGUCCUCGGUGGGGGUGGUCAGAACCUGUUGCUGAGCCCAGCGAGUCUCCAGCUGGCCCAGCUUCAGGCCCAGCUCACCCUGCACCGCCUCAAACUCGCCCAGACCAGCAACACCGCCGCCGCCGCCACCGUCCUCAACCAGGUCCUCUCCAAUGUGGCCAUGUCGCAGCCGCUCUUCAACCAGCUGAGGGGCUCCAACAUUGGCCAGGCUCAUGGAAGAGGCUUCCCUCCUGCACCCAUCUCCUUCCCCCCUCCCGCCCCCACCCUGGGAACGCUGGUUCAUCACGCUGGGAUCAGGUUGAACCACUAUGGAGGAGUUGGGAAUACGAACCAGAACUCCAGUCAGCACGGAGAGUUCGGGAAAAAGGUCAACGCCUUUCAGACAGACACGGACCGGCGGAUACAGUUUGGCUUUUUGGGAGGGACUGUGGUCGGACCCAGUAAAUCGGGAAACGCUGGACAGUAUGGAGCUGGUUCUGCUGGCGUACCGACCAAGAACAACACCCAGAACCACUACCAGAGAGACUUCUACCCCUCCGAGGGGCAGCAGGGGGUGUUUGUUGGAGGUGAUCAGAGCCAGGACUCCAACCAAAAAGAGCCGUGGAAAAACACAGGAAGCUUCCCCAUCUCAGGAAAACAACUGGACAUGAACACGGGGGCCGGGAGCGGGACCUGGGGCCCAGCUCCUCAGGGCUUCUCUGGUCCACGAGCAGAACUCUACAACCCAGAGGAACCCACCGGGGAACCCAGGUUCAGCCCGGGUGGAGGUCUGGGGUUCGGGAUAACCAGGGGGCAGCAGCAGCAGCAGCAGCAGCAGCAGGGGUUUGCUGGAUAUCAGCAGCAGCAGCAGAAGGGUGAAGAGGGGAUGGGUUUGACCCUACAGGCCCACCAGCUCAACGACUAUCACGGGGUCACACCAUCACACCUACCACAUCAGUGCACCAUCUGUGAGAAGAAGGUUUACAACCUGAAGGACUGGGACCAGCACGUGAAGGGCAAGUUACAUCUACAGAACCGCUCGCUCUACACCGAGGGCCCAGCGGCAGGAGCUCUGCACUUUCCAGCCUCGUCUGAAGGAUGCCCCGGCUCAGCGCUGAGUAACAGCAUGGCAUACUCGUCCGCCGCCAGCCAAGAUGUUUCAGCCGGAGGUACCUCUUAUUUACCGGCGGCAACUAUGAAGUCAUUUCCUCUCUCGGGGGCGGGAUUUACCUCACACCAACCAGCGGCUAAGUUUCCUCAGCGUAAAGCCACGCCAGGGCGAGUCGUCCACAUCUGCAACCUCCCCGAGGGCAGCUGCACCGAGAAUGAUGUCAUCAACCUGGGCCUACCCUUCGGCAAGGUCACCAACUACAUCCUCAUGCGCUCCACCCAUCAGGCAUUUCUGGAGAUGGCCUAUGUGGAAGCAGCCCAGGCCAUGGUGCAGUACUACCAGCUCCAGCCAGCCAAGAUCAACGAUCAGAAACUGCUGAUCCGCAUGUCCAAGAGAUACAAGGAGCUGCAACUGAAGAAACCAGGUAAAGAUGUGGAGUCUAUUAUUCAGGAUAUAAACUCUCAGAGGGAGAGAGAGGAGAUGCAGGAGAUGGAUCGGUACCUGCCAGAGCGAGCUCGAUCCCGCAGUCCGAUCAGUCGCUCAUUGUCUCCGCGUUCUCACAGCCCCAGCUUCACCUCCUGCAGUUCCUCCCACAGCCCCCAGGGGGCGCCCUGCCGGCCGGAAUGGAUCAAUGGCCUUGGCCCCCGCCGCGGGUCCUGGGACUGGUCGUCUCACGGUCGGCGGGACGAGGAUCCUCGGGACAGGGACGAGUGGAGGAACGGGGAGGACGAGAGGACUAACGGCCGGAUCCCCGAGCGCAGGAAGCCCUACCUUAAACCCGGGGAGCGGGGCAGCCCCCGCCAGGACAGAGACUGGUACCCCCGGGGCAGCCCCCAGCCCCCGUCCUUCUGCUCCUACCACCCCGCAGACGACUUCUACAAAAAAGAGUCCUCAUACAAAUCAGACAAGACCCUGCGGACGUCCCACAACCAGAGACAUGAGGGGAAGUCCAAGAGGAGAGACAGCGGGGACCACCACAGAACCAAGAACUCAGAGUCUGAGCUACCGGAGGACAGAACCCCAGAGGAGCGGGGACGCAGCAAGAGGACGAGCAGAAGACAAGAGCGAGAGGACAAGGAGACUAAUGAGAAUCAUAAAGAAGCUACUGAGCAUCGAGCAAAAGACAGAUCAGCUUCACCUCACAGCAGCAAACCUUCUGAACCUGCUGAGUGUGAGAGAGAUAGAGAGAGCGAGGUGGAGGAGUGGGUGAGUGGUGAUGAGACGGAGGGUGAGUGUUGGUAUCCUAAGAGUAUGGAGGAGCUGGUGACGGUGGACGAGGUGGGGGAGGAGGACGACUCCAUCGUCGAGCCUGAUCUCCCCGAGCUUCAGGAGGAGGAGGAGCCGGUGGAGAAACCCCCACAGCCUACCUCCAUCCUAAACACCAACCACAGCGCCGUAUCAUCCACAGCACCAGGAGACACAGACCUGCAGAAACCUCCACCACCUCCAGACUCCGGCCCAGAGAACUCCUCCAGCUUGAGCCACUCCGAGUCCAGAGAUCCCUCAGCGAUCAGCAGCGGAGCUCCAGAGCAGCCCUGCUCUCAGCUCUGCCUGUUCCCCAGCCCAGAGUUCAGAUCCGCUCUGGAGGAGUCCUGCCCUGCAGAACCACAGACCUCCACAACCCCGUCACACAGCCUCACCAACCACACCAGUGAGUGUGAGGCGGAGUGUGAGCGUGAAAAGGCAGCGGACCUUCAGUCAGACGGAGAGUCGGGUGGUUUAACUCAACCUGACAAGAAGGAGGAGGAGCGGAUCAUCGAGGAGAGCCACAGCCGAGAUGGCCAAAACUCCUCUCAUUCACCCCCGAGGACAGAUAUUGAAGCUCCUUCACCGUCACGAGAGCAGGAGAAGAUCAUCAGUGAAUACAGCAUCCCACUGGGUGUGGAGUUCAUCGUACCCAGAACCGGCUUCUUCUGUAAACUCUGCGGCCUUUUCUACACCAGCGAGGACACGGCCAAGACCACGCACUGCCGCAGCACUGUUCACUACAGGAACCUGCAGAAGUAUCUGUCUCAGCUGGCAGAGGAGAGUCUGCUGCACUUCCACUCAGAUCCAGCCAGCGCCGAGUGAACCAAUCAGAACCUCAGACCUUACAGCCACCAGGCGGCGCCCAGAGGACCUGAGCUCCACUCACAGCCCAGGAAAGCGAAUCAGAGAGCAGAUACAGAGAGAGAGGGAACAGAAGAGACGGAGAGAAGAGAAAAGAAAGAGACGGGGUUUACCAUGGAGAACUCGGAGGAGAGAGAGAGAGAGAGGGGAUGAUGAUGGAGGAAGGAAAGCACUGAACUGAAAGACUACAGAGGGAGGAUCUCACUGGAUGAUGCCGAGUCCAGAAGAAGAAAAUCGAUCAAGGAAGAGAAAUCGAUCAGAUCAUUUAAUCAGUUAAAUAAAUAAAGAGCCUCUUCACUGCUGAUUAUUCCAAAUCAUGUCUGAUAUCUAACCUGUGCUUCUUCUAGUGUAAAACAGGAGAUACUUCACUGUAUACCUGGAUAAACUGACUUUACUUCACAUUUACUUAAAUAAUUUGACGAAAUCGGUUGCUUUAAAAAUGUUAAAGUAAUGUUUACUGAACAUUUUAUUUAAUUAAAAUAUAGGGCUUUUAUUAUAUCAACUGCUUUGCAGAAAUAAUCGUAGACUAAUCGACUAAUCGAAAAAAUAAUCAGCAGAUUAUUCGACUACUAAUAUAAUCAUUAGUUGCAGCUCUACUCUGCAAUAAUUCUGCACGCUCCAGUAAAUACAGAUACAGCAUUUUAGCACUGUAGUACUAGAAUUACUAUAUUAGCUACAUUAGCCUAGCAUCUCCUGUUUUUAACUAUUAAAGCACACAUCAGAUCUCAGAUUAAUCUCGGCUGAUGGACUGAUGCGGGGUCAGUUAUCAGUCAGGGUUAUUAGAUUUUUUGCUGAACUGUUCCUCUAAAGUAGCCGUUGGCUAAUCUGGUAAAAUAUGUCAGGAUUUUCUCUGAUCUCAGUCCUCUGGAUCAGAUCAGAACAUCACAUGUUUAAUCCUGAGUCUGAAUCCAGAGGUUUUACACAGCGGAUCUGAACCAAACUGUGCCUUUAAAACAGGUCAGACUGUCACUUUAUCAGGGGUCCGACUGUGAUCUGCAGCCUGGUAUCGUAUAACUGUGAAUGAGAAUACAUAUGUGAUUAUUCAGUUCAGCACAGAUUGUGUAAUUAUUAUAAAUUCUCUAUUAAUUCUCUAUAAAGUCUCUGUGUUCGUUUAAAGGACAUGACUGAUAAACAGAAAACGUGAAGAGGCUUUUGGUUGGAUAAUGCUAAAAGCUGGAAUUUUAAUUAAUAUCAUUUGUAUGAGGUUCAAUGGAGUCUAUUGUACGGAAUUGUACUAAGGUUUUCCCAUGAUAAUGACUUAACUAAUGUAGAUCCAGAGAAAUGGGGUCAGAUGUCAUGACUUCAUGACCCUCAUCUCACUGAUGGCUGCGGCACCAAUACACAUUAAAUUUAGAUACUUAGACAGUUGCUCAACUGGAGUAGCUUAAGAUGUGAAAUCUUACAAUAUUUACACAAUUAAAAUAAAAUAACGAUGACAGUUAUGGAAAAGAGUACAGUACUGGAAACACAAAUAGGAAUUUCCUAUGAUAUACUAUAUAGUAUUAUUAUCUUUUUAAAAAUUAUCCUGUUACCUCAGAAAAGCAAUGAAUGGGCUUCCUAUACAUUGUAUACUGAUUUUCUCUACAUUUAUUGAAUGUGAUCCAAAAAAAGCUCAACAUUUAAAAAAAGACAAUAAUAAGCACUUACCAAAUGUGCUCAGCUAAGAAAAACAUAGUGCAUCCAACAAGAACUAAAUAACUAAAGUACUGAUCUAUUUUACUGUGCAACUUCUAUAUUCAGAUUCACCAGCAUGCCUUCAGAAAAGACCUUUAACUAAUAAAAUAUGUCUCUAUUGCCUUUUGUAGCUUUUGUUCUGCUGGAUUCACAGGAAUGUGAAUUUAAGUUUGGUUAUUUUUUAAUGUGAUGUACACUGGACGUUCUCAGAAACUGGAUAAAGACGCAAUUUUUCUGAUUAUGAAGUGCCUUUUAUACAAUCUGUAUAUUUUUUGCUCAGGUGAGGAGAAAUAAACUCAGUAAAGUCAAGAUAAUAUUUCCCAUGUUUUUACAGAGCUGCUUUUUAAAUGUGCAACUUUUAUAAAGAAACAAGAAUCAUCAGUUCUGCAUAAAUCUGUCCAUCAGACAGACCAGGCCUUAAAUUAAUAUCUGGAAAAGCGUGUUUAUUAAUCUAUGCUGUGUAUAACGCUCAGACAGUAGCAAAACUUGAACUGGACCAUGUGAGUUAUUUAUGAUAUUUAAAAUGAACUCCUGUAAAAACAAAUGUGAAGUGUGUGUUAUUGCAGUAGAUUACAGCAGCAGAAUGUGUUUUUUUGUAUAUUAAUAAUAAUAUCGCUGUCCCACUUUUGAGAUCUGUGAAGUUUCUUUAAAUAUUUUGUGGGAUGUUUUAAUGCAAAUAUUUCAAUAAACAGUUUUGAGAAACCUGA